GCUUAUUCUGUACAGGAAGAAUGUUAUCUUGAAUUCUUUGAGACAAACAAACACAAAAAUCAUCCAAAGUGAAGAAGAAAAAUGGCAAUAAUGAUGAAGCAAGGGCUUCUUUGGAGUCCUUGCCCUCAUUCUAUCUCACCCAAAAUUCAAUCUUUUAAACAACCCAUUUUUCAGCUCACAAACAAAUGGAGAAAAGAAGGAGAAGCUAUGUUAAAGAACUCUGUUACCCAGGAAAAAUCCAAAAAGAAAGGCAUUGCCACUGAUUUCAAGGAAAUAUUGCAGUUUAGGAACUCUGCAGCGACAAUUAUCGUGGCUAAUGCAUUGAUGAUGACUUCACCCUUAGAUGCCUUGGCUGAAACAUGUGAAGUUGAUAAUUCUCCCUUCAACAUGCUCUUCAACAUGCCCAUACUGCUGCUUGUUGCGCUUAUUGGGGCCACUGUUGGAGGACUAGUUGCGCGUCAGCGAAAAGCAGAAUUGCAGCGGUUGAAUGAACAGCUCCGCCAGAUCAAUGCCGCUCUACGAAGGCAAGCAAAGAUUGAGUCUUAUGCACCUAACUUAAGUUACGCUCCUGCUGGUGGCAGGGUUGCAGAAACUGAAGUAAUUGUUGAUCCAAGAAAGGAAGAAUUAAUAUCUCGUUUGAAAAAUGGGAAGAAAUUUCUUAGAAACCAAGCGCCAGAUAAGGCGCAAUUGGAGUUUAAAGCUGCUCUCGACCUUGCACAAAAUUUAAAGGAACCUUUAAGGGAAAAGAAAGCAGCUCGGGGCUUAGGGGCAUCUUUACAACGGCAAGGCAAUUACCGGGAAGCUAUUAAGUACCACUCGCUGGUUCUUGAAUUAUCGGCAAGACAUGGAGAGGAUUCAGGUAGCACAGAAGCUUAUGGAGCAAUAGCUGAUUGCUACACUGAGCUUGGAGAUUUGGAACAAGCUGCAAAAUACUAUGACCAAUAUAUUGCAAGAUUAGAAACUGAUUGAGCUACUAGCAUGAUGAUUUUUUUUGUACCUAUAAGUUAUCUAUUAUGACUAUCAAUCUUAGAGGAGACAAUUCGAAUGGUUGAAUUGAUGACUUCGUUUCGAUCUCUUUUACUGAACCUAAAAUAUUUCGUUUAUUUCAUGCAUUCAAAGUAGAAUGCUUAGAGCCUGAGGCUACUCACUGAUUCUGAGGAAUUUCUUUUUUUGUUGUAUAAACCAUUUUGUCCUUAUGACUACUUUAGACUCUGCAAUUA